GAGAGAGAGAGAGAGAGAGAGAGAGAGAGAGAGAGAGAGAGAGAUUGGUCUCUCACUAAACUAACUAUCACAGAAGCGAGCGAGCGCAGAUCUGUGGGCAUAAACAAAUGCGCGCAGGCUGCCGAAGACACUUUAAUGUUCUCUGUUGGUUAAACUAUCCGGAUUAACGACACUAACCCCGAGUCGCCUCUGCUUCUUUUUAACGUGGAUCUCCGACGAUAUCUAUGUAUUAUUCCGACUGAAUUCAGCGAAAAUGACGGAGCUAAGAAGGCGAGGAGGAGGAGGAGAAGAUCCUGACAGCACAGAAAACAUCAGUGACAAGGAGGCAGAUGGCGAUGACAAGCUCUGUUUUCCUGGCGAGGGAGAAGGAGACGCAGAGGGCGAGUGCAAAGCGGACACACCAGACGUGCCACCUUCCACAGAUAACACUCCAGAGUGUCUCAACAAAGCCCUGGAGGGCUUGUCAUCAAGAUGGAAAAACUGGUGGAUAAGAGGCAUAUUGUCAAUGACAAUGAUUAGUGGCUUUUUCCUCAUCAUCUAUUUGGGACCCAUUAUGCUCAUUUUAGUGGUCAUGAGUAUUCAAAUCAAGUGUUUUCAUGAAAUUAUAACCAUUGGUUAUAGAGUUUACCGUUCCUAUGAACUGCCAUGGUUUAGGACUCUCAGUUGGUACUUCUUGAUUUGUGUGAACUACUUCUUUUAUGGUGAGACAGUGGCAGAUUAUUUUGGCGCCCUCGUCCAAAGGGAGGAACCUUUGCAGUUCCUUGUGCGUUAUCAUCGGUUCAUUUCGUUUGCAGUGUAUUUGGCAGGUUUCUGCAUGUUUGUUCUGAGUUUAGUGAAGAAACAUUACCGCCUGCAGUUUUAUAUGUUUGCUUGGACCCAUGUGACCUUGUUGAUUGUGGUGACUCAGUCACAUCUGGUCAUUCAGAACCUGUUUGAAGGGAUGAUCUGGUUCAUACUUCCUAUUUCUACUGUGAUCUGUAAUGACAUCAUGGCCUACAUGUUUGGCUUCUUCUUCGGAAGAACUCCACUUAUUAAGCUCUCUCCAAAGAAGACCUGGGAAGGCUUCAUCGGAGGAUUCUUUGCAACAGUGGUCUUUAGCUUCUUUUUUGCAUACCUGCUGUCCCAGUACCAGUACUUUGUGUGUCCGGUGGAAUACAACAGCGAGACGAAUCGUUUCGCUGUAGAGUGUGAACCCUCAAAUCUGUUUGUGAUUCAGGAAUACAGCCUGCCUGCAGUGGUGCAGAAUGUCAUUAGAUGGAAAACCGUCAACCUCUACCCAUUUCAGAUCCACAGUAUUGCAUUGUCUUCUUUCGGCUCUCUGAUAGCACCAUUCGGUGGAUUCUUUGCCAGUGGCUUCAAACGUGCUUUUAAAAUAAAAGACUUUGCUGACACCAUCCCUGGUCAUGGUGGGAUGAUGGAUCGCUUUGACUGUCAGUACCUGAUGGCUACAUUUGUUCAUGUUUACAUAGCAAGUUUUAUCAGGGGACCCAAUCCCAGUAAGGUCUUGCAGCAGUUGCUCGCCUUGCAACCAGAGCAGCAACUCAACAUCUUCAACACACUGCGUAACCACCUGCGGGAAAAAGGUGUACUGCCCCCGGCUGUCGAGGAAGCCCACUGAUGGAAAACUACCACGGCAGACAGCUCAUCAUGUCUUACUGACUGUGAUCACACAAGCACACUCCCAAUGAACUGUACACCAGCUGCUGGAGCUUCCAUACAAUAAUUUGAGAGCGACACGCGCUGCAAACUCUCAACCCAUUCAAACUCAGCGUAUGCAGGAGGACAAUGACCACAAGAGGGAAGCAUAAUUCUUUUAACCUGUGUUCGGAGAAAUCAGCACAUGAGAUCUUUCGAGAUCAGCACACAUGCAAAACAAAGGAUGAUGUACGUGGUGAGUAAAUGUACGACAUUUGUCAAUGCAAAUGUACAUGGGGUUUAAGUGAAGUGAUAUUGUUGCACUGAUUCUGGCCUAACGUACGAGUAGGAGAUUACAAGUAUAAGUGCUUUGAGACUGCAAUAACUCAUAAUGGUGACUUUUGACUUUCUGAGAUGCCAUAAUUGUCACGGUUACCAAAUAGAAGUGAUUUAUGACAGGGUCCUAAAUGUAAGUCUUAAACAGAAGCAUGUUCUUAAAUCCUACUGUUACUACUGAAAUAGCCAGGUUCUGCUUUCCACGUUAAAUGUGUUUGUGUGUUAGAAUCAUUUAAGAUGUUUCUAUAUAUAUAUAGAUUAUAUAUGGCUUACCAAAUUAUAUAUUAGAAAAUUAUGAAAAUGAUAUGCAGAAAGAUCUGACUUUAUUUUCCUAAAUCAAGCAUGAAUAUACCUCUUUAUGGGUGAAGAAUAACCUUGUUGAUGGGUUGUUGAUUGGGGAGCCUUUUUGAGAAAGGUGAUCUGUGACCAUUCAUUGAAGUUGCACUGUAUAGCUACAAGGGUCUAAAGACUCACUUUUAACUGUUAUGAAUUCACUCUUCUGGUUUUGCUAUCAACAAACACUUGUGCUUUGGGAAAAUAUGUGCUAUUUUAAAGCAACACUAUGUAGUUUCCAUGUAAAAAUGACUUACAGCUCCCCCAUGUGGUUGAAAAGCGCAACAGUGCUUGGGAUCAGACACUCUUCUGCAUGCAGGGGGAGGGGCGGGGCUGUGUUUCCUACCCUCCACCGCCACUUUCAGAGAGUGCUUGUAGCAGCUAGGAGGCUACUCAGGUUGCAACAACAGUACAAUUUGUCCAGUUAAAAGUUGUUCUAUCACUGAAAUAACUUUAGAGACAUUAUUUAAAGGUAAAAAAACUACAUAGUGUUGCUUUAAGUAAUUAUAAUAACAUGCUCUUAGAAUCAGUGAGUUUUAUUUUUAAAGUAGACAUUUAUGUGUAUCUUUCUUGCAUUGUCCUCCCUGCAAUAUUGUUUUUAAAAACAGUUACCAAACAUUAUGUACCAAAGCACUAUUUUGCUGUAAAAAAUAGAAACACUUCAUAUCACAUUACGUUCGAACUAAUAUAAACAUUGUCAAAUGCUACAUCCUUACUUGAAAAACAAUAAAAUCCAGCACAGUUUAUGAAAUUUAAUGAAAUUAGGUUAGUACUGCUAAUUAAAUGCUCUUCCUGUCAUCUUAACUAGCUCCUUGUGCAAUAACAACUUAAUGGAUUUCUAAUGCCCAUGACUGUUGUCCUAUUUACACAUCAGCAGACCCACACAGAAUCUUCUUGUGAAAAGAUUUCUGCAGAUUUUUACAUAUUAGGGGAGAGCGGGGCACAAUCUAACGCUUUUUGACUUUGGCUCUAUCAUUCAAAAAAUAUUUAAGUUAUUAUUAAUCAUUUUUUUACAUAAUCAGCACACACAUCUCUGGUACAAAUGAACACUUAAAGUUAGUGAUGGGAGAAACGAAGCUUUUCGAAGCUUCGAAUCAAUUGAACCAAUUGCUUUGAAAAUUGAUUCAGUUUUUCGAAGCAGUUCGAAACACCACACACGCUGGCGACCCCUGCUGGUCAAAAUAGUGUAAAGCAGAUAUGGCCAAACAUUUUACACUUUUUUUUACAAAAUAAUAGCAAGAUUUUUAUUAAAAUAUGUUUAAAAAAAUUAUUUAACUUAAUUUAGACAUAGUUAAAAGUGUAUUAUGUGUUUUUAGUUUUAUUUAGGGCAAACAAAUGAUUAAAACUAACUACCCUUUUAAUUAUGCACAUUUUUGUCAUUAAAUCUGUCUAUAAACAAUAAAUAGACAAAAUGGCAGUGUUAUUAGUCAGAAGGAUAAAUGUUUUAUGAACUUUUAUAAUAAAACUGGCCCGAGUUCACCGAAACAUAUUAGACACUGGUCAUGUGAUCAACUCCCCCUAGUGGUGAAUCGUCGGAUUUUCGAAACGUUUCAAAACAGUUAUGACGUAAUGAAGCAUCAUUUGCUAAAAUCACGUGACUUGGGCCAGUUUGAACAAGCUCCGAACCAAUGAUUCGAAACAAAAGAUUCGUAAAUGUUUAGAAGCCUCAUGAAGCAGUGCUUCGAAAACGAUCAUCACUACUUAAAGUUCGUUUGUGGGACCGUUAUCGUACAAUUACAACGAAAGUGACAGGAGUGCAAACGUUACAACUUACCCCAUUGGUGGGGUUCAUUGUAACAAACAGACGGUUUGUUGUAACACCUGCUAGAAAUUUGGUUUAAACACAAAUAAUUCAAUAAAAUUCUGUCUAUAAAAAGGUGGAUAUUAUCUGCCUAUAAUAGAUUGAUAUUAGGGCUGGGCAAAAAAAAAGAUUUUUCGAUUAAUCAUGUUUUUUAACCGUGGUCGUUUUUUUUUAUGAAUUGUUUUCCUUGUUUAAUCAAGGAAUGCGACUGUUAUGACUUUUUUCAGCAUACAUUUUUCAUCUUGCAUCAAAAUUGUAUUGUAUUUAUCAUAAUUGUAUGCAUUUGAAAAUUAGAGAUUGGUUCUGUUUUAAUGUACCCAAGUGUACCUAAAAUAAAAAAGUGUAAUAUACAGGUUUGUGGCUCUUAAUUUCUUUUUAUUAAUUACCCACUUGUAAACUUAUGUUCACUAGUUUUUUUUAAUAAAGUAUUUGUAUUAAAUCUUCAUUGAGUUGAAUCAAGAAUCAAGUAUAAAAAUCGGCCUGAGAAUCAAAAUCGAACCGAGAAUCAAAAUCGGAUCAUUUCGAUAGCUUGUGAAUUGAAAUCGAAUCGAUCCGGAACAUCUGAAUCGAUACCCAGCCCUAAUUGAUAUCCACACAUUCAUCCAUCCAUGAUCCUUCAUUUAACCAUCCUUGUAUUAAGCAUCAAUGCAUAUAAAUAGAUUUUUUUGGAAGAGCUUCACAAGACAAAAAAAUUAUAAUUGUCAGUUAUUUCCCCUGAUAUUGUAUUAACAGGUAUCAUUUUGAUAACUAGUAUUUAAAUUGUUUUCAUUUCAUUAUCAUUGUAUACUGGAGGCUUAAUUGUAACACUGUGUUACAACUAACCCCGCUGUGUAAAAAUGUUUUCAAUCCCAGCUAUCAGUUACUAGGAGUUGCUGACAUGUUUCAAAAUGGUGUUAUGUUUUAGGUAACAAGACAGUGAUUAAAAUAAUAUAAGGUUGGAUUUGGUGACUUACACACCCAA